CAGCGCCAGCGAAAGGUGUGUCAUCAAUGCGGAUCGGAUCAUCCAUGCAUUGUACACACCCACAUUAACGUGAAGCUACACCGGUACCGUAUACCUGCUAUUUAAACCCAGAAGAAUUGCCAUUUAAAAGAAAGGACGACAACUUGCCUUUUUGAUUCAUCAUGUUCACCUGGCUAAAUAAAGAUGAAGCCCGGCGCAAGCAGCCGCAGGUUUUUAACAAUGUUUUGGAUGGACUCAAAGACUUGUACCAAAAAGUGAUUUUCCCUCUUGAAGAUGAAUAUCGCUUCCACGAGUUCCACUCACCGGCUCUUGAUGAAGCUGAUUUCACAGCCAAGCCUAUGAUCCUUCUCGUUGGUCAGUACUCAACGGGUAAGACCACUUUUAUCAAGUAUCUGUUAGAACAAGAAUUUCCCGGCAUGAGAGUUGGUCCAGAACCCACAACAGACCGAUUCAUUGCAGUAAUGAAAGGUGAAACAGACCAGGUGAUACCAGGGAAUGCACUUGUUGUUGACCCAAAACGUCAAUUUCGCAAGAUGUCAAAGUUUGGCAAUGCAUUCCUCAAUCGUUUUCAAUGCUCCCUAACCAACUGUGCGGUACUCGACAGUAUCACCAUCAUAGACACCCCUGGUAUCUUAUCAGGAGAAAAACAGAGACUUGAUCGUGGCUAUGAUUUUGUGAACGUACUAGAAUGGUUUGCGGAACGUGCAGAUAGGAUCAUACUCCUGUUUGAUGCACAUAAACUAGAUAUUUCUGAUGAGUUUAGGAGAUGUAUUGAAGCGAUAAAAACCCAAGAUGAGAAGAUUCGCAUUGUCUUGAAUAAGUCGGACAUGAUCGACCACCAGCAAUUGAUGAGGGUGUAUGGGGCCCUUAUGUGGUCUCUUGGCAAGGUCAUCAAUACUCCAGAAGUCUCAAGAGUGUACAUUGGCUCAUUUUGGAACAAGCCUCUGCACUAUGAUGUGAAUAGAAUGCUGUUUGAGGCAGAGGAAGUUGAUCUCUUCAGUGAUCUCCAGAGUCUUCCCCGGAAUGCAGCCCUGAGAAAGCUCAAUGAUCUUAUCAAGAGGGCAAGAUUAGCCAAAGUCCAUGCCUAUGUGAUGAGCAUUCUAAAACGGGAUAUGCCUUCCAUGUUUGGCAAGGAAGCCAAGAAGAAGGAACUGAUCAACAACCUACCCGAGGUAUACAAGGAGGUUGAGCGAACCUACCAGAUCUCACCUGGAGAUUUCCCCUCCCUGAGUCGUAUGAGGGAAGUCCUCAAGGAUAUGGAUUUCACAAAGUUCCACACCCUCAAACCACGCAUGAUAGAGAAGGUUGAUUCAAUGUUGGGAACCGACAUGACCCGCCUCAUGCAGAUGAUCCCCACAGAAGAGGCUCUUGAUAAAAAACAGCUCAUCAGAGGCGGAGCUUUCACUGCAGAUGAGUCAAGUCCGUUCGGCAGGGGAUACGGAGUUGGUGCAGACUACGGAAAGCAUGAGAUCGUGGACUGGGUUGUCGAGGCCAAGAUGGAUGAAUAUGAGAAGAUCUUUGAAAGUCUUGGUCCACUGAAUGGUAAGAUCUCUGGCACUGCAGCAAAGAAGUACAUGGUCAAGUCCAAACUGCCCAACCUUACUCUGGGCAGGAUAUGGAAGCUUUCAGAUGUUGACCGAGAUGGCAUGCUUGACAAAGAGGAGUUUGGUUUGUGCUUACAUUUAAUAGAUAUCAAACUAGAUGGAAGUGAGCUUCCUGCUGAAUUACCUCUUCAUUUGGUACCCACAAAUAAAAGGGGAUUUAGUGGUGUUGAUCCAAAAUGAUCAAUUAUUGUAAUUGUGUUAAAGUAACACUUAAUUUACAUUGCAACAGUACAUUGUACAUACAUAUUGAAGAUCUAUAGGAAAUUGAAUGCCAUUUUAAGAUUUAUGCACACAUUAAGUGUAAAUAUACAUGUAUAUGUACAUUCAAAGAAUGCUUCAGAAUCAGAAAAAAAAGCUUUCCAGUUCUACAGUAGAAAAAAAAUACUUCUACAUACAUAUACUGUAUGUAGAAAAUGACCAACCUACAAAAGUGCAACACUGUAUCGUACACUUUCCUUUCCAGUGACCACUUACAUGUACAUGUUCAUUGCAUUAGUAUACACUCCUCUUGUUUUUAAAGUCCUCUGUAAGUUGAGCACACUAAACUGAAAGUAAAUGGCAGUUACAUUUUCUCGGGAAUCAUUUGGUAUUCCCAACAUUUGUUGCUCAUGAUAAUAAAUGAAAGUAGUUCCUGAUGUACUUCCUCUCAAUUAGCAAAUAAAUGUAUGUGUUCAUUGACUGUCUUUUCUGCUAUCAAGUAUGUGUGAGCCUUUCCUGUAUGCUCAACUUCAAUAUGUACGAAUUAUCAAACGUACACUUUAAUUCAGGAAGGCUUACGAUGUUGAAUGUGUUGAAUAUUCAAUACAGCAGAACCGAAUUCAUUUGAAGUACAUGUAGCACAGUCAUUGAAACGGAUAGUGAGGCUACGGUGUAGUGUGAUGUGAAAUAUAUUGAAAUGAAUACAAGUAUGAUACCCUGAUAGGUCCCAGUUUAAACUAUAUGGAUUUGCAUCAUAACCAUGUGUGAAUGUUGUGUACCUCUCUUUUCCAAAGAAAAAAACAGUAGUACUACAUGUAGUAAAGGAUGUUUUACCAAAUGUUAUCAUCGUCAUGCACCCCUGCUGAGUCAGUAACAUUCUCUUUCCCAAGCAUCAUGCAUGUGCUACUUUUGUGGAAUUGACUAUUUGUGUACAUAGUGAGAUCAAAACAAACCAACUGAGGCAUAUCCUAUUAGUAAAUAUGCCUGUACCCCUGCUGUACCCAUAUCUUUGUUGUAAAACUGGUAGAUGAUAAGCUUACCCUUCAAUGUCACUGAGUGUCUGAUUAGGAAAAUGUUCAUAUUCAUUAUUAGUCUGUCAUUUUAGAGUAUUAGAGCUGUGAUUAUAAUUGAGCAAGUCGACCUUUUCUUCUUUUAGACAUACAUGCAUUUGGAUGACAUGACAGCAGUCUGCAGACAUAAGGUGGAAAUAUUGAAUCACAUAUAUAUCUAUGGUGUAAUAUUACUGACUAUAUCACUUGGGGAAAAGGGUGAUUCCCCUGUUGUACCUAUUAAAGGCAUCAUAAUUGUAAAUCACAGCAGCCAACAUACACAUGCAUAUAAUGCAUUUUUUCAAAUUCCAUCAUUUAGCAAUAUGUGCAUUUCAUCAAAUUGAAUUAUGAUUAUUGAACUACUCUACCCCUGCCCCAAUAUGAACACAACAUAUGCUCUCAAUCAUAAACAAAUUUGGCAUAUUAAAUAUUAUUAAUGAAAUAAUGAAUAAAUUUAAUACACAAGAUUAACUGUACCUUUGUUUUCUCUGAAUUCUAAUUGAUUUGGGGGUUUGCUUGGAAGUGCACAGCAUUUGUUUCAUCAACAUACAUUUCAGUGAAGGUCAGUUUAUCUGCUUGCCAAGUUCAAAUUUGCCAAACCUCUCUGUUUCAAAGAAAAAGAGUCAUUCACUCUUUAUAAUGUCAUAUCCUAUUUUUCAUAGAUCAGUAGUUAAGAAAUUUAGAAAUUGAACUUUAAGAUUUAUUUAAUUUCAAAUACCCCCCCCCCCCCUCCUUUAUAGCUUUUAGGAAUGGGGGUACAAUACUUGUAGAUAUCAGAUGAGAAUGAGAAGUAUCAUUCUUUGUUUAUUUGGAUCUAUUCCAAAUCUAUUUGUCCUCAGACUAAAAAAAAUCUGAUAUAAUUAUUAUAUUGAAUAAUCAUUUCCUUUGUAAAACAUGUUCAGCUCUUGUUUGAUAAGGGCAUAUUUUUGUCAGUAUACAUGUAUGUUAAUUAUGAUUUUUAUUCCACAGCCUGCUAUCUAAGGAUCAUACUUCAUACAUGGGUCAUGAUGAAUGUAUUUUACUGGUUCAGAGAUGUAAACUGUUCUCUGUUACAGUAUUUUAUACUGUUUUUUUUUUUAUGAUAAACUGCAGGUUUUAUGAAAAUACGCUUUUGCAGUUUCCCCCAAAAAUUGCACAUUUUGCAUAGAAGAAUAGUUUCAAAAACUGUUUUUUUUUUUACCCCAAAUUACAUGUACAUGUACCUUCUUCAUCCCUCAAAAAAACUGCAGUUCUUUUUAUGGGUCCAUAGUGUUGACAACUCAUGCAUAGCAUUUGCACCAUCCAAUGAAUCAACAUGGUGUUUAUUAAAAAAGAUAUAUUAAAACUGAUGAAAUAUGUAAUUAUUAAUAUUAGGCAAUUAUUAAUAUUGAUGUACAAAAUUACAUUGAUGAUGAGGUAACAAUAUGUAUGUACAUGUUUAUGAAUUCAUAUACAGUACAGUAAAUUAUGGCACAAUUAUUAAACUCUUCUGUAGUUGAAAAAAAAUGCCUGGCUUGUCCUCAUUGCCAGUUUCAGUUUCAGACUGAUUCAUUUUAAAACACAAAUAACUAGUCAAUAUCAGGAUACACUGUAAAUCAGGAUAUUGGCAGAUUGAAUUAGUCGCACAGCAUGUACUGUGAAAGGUUGAUCUUCUUGCAGAAAGUAGAUUUUUUUAAAUGUCUAUUCUUGUAUGCUAAAAGAAUGAUUUCUUCCAAUUUAUUUAUACUCCCCAAGUUUGUUCAGUGAGUUGAUUAUUAUUCAUGUAAUCUAGCCGUUGUGUGUAUGCCAUUAAGUUGUGUUCUUCUCUACCAGCAGAUAUAAAAUGUUAAUGAGCAGAGAUUAUUCUGACACUGGUUCUGGUCUACCCUACCCAGUCAUCUUGUUGAGGAUAGAAUAUCAGGGAAUAUCAUAAUAAUUUUUCAAGACAUCUUACAUGUAUAAGGUUAAUUCUCUGACUUUAAUCAGCUCAAUUGCAAAAGAAGUCAAAAUCUGUCAGACAUACAUGUAGGUCUGUAACAAGCAAGUUCAUUAUCUCUGAUUCUUUAUUUUCUUAAAGGAAUGUUAUUUUGAAUGUGUAAGAUCAAUCAGUUUUAAUGUAAAAACUUUGAGAAGUUUGCAUUAAUUUCAUUCAUAAUGAUUGAUAAUGAACAAAAAAAUAUAUAACUUUAUUGUUGACAUGAAUUUGCUGGUCAGGAGAUGUCUUGCAGACUUUAUUAUUAAAUGGACUUGCCUUUCCAAGAUGUGACAUAUAUCGAUCUUGUGAGAUUUGUCAUCUGUAUCACCUUCAGCUUUAAACCCCUGGGGGUAUGAAGUAAUUCAGGCCAUGUUAGAUCUUUGUCAAGGCCCGUCCAUAUUGAUUAAUAGCCCAUUUCUUGUGGAAGACUAUUGCUAUACUGUAUACAUGUAUAUUUCUCAAAUAAAUUUCACUGCAUGUACAAUGUAUGUGUGUAGUGAUUAAUUGUCGUCAAAGUACUAGUGAUUAUGUAUGUAUACAACUUAUAUAUGUAAUAUAGUAAGCCAAAUAAGUAUCUAUUUUGUAUAGUGUACACAGUUCAUGCAAUGUGGGUUAUUGUAGUGUAUGGUGAUAGACACGAAAAUGACUAAACAUUGCAUCGUAAAUACUUACUCCUGUGUUUAUUUCAUCAUCUGCUUUUCAAGCUAAAGUUAUAGGCAUCAUCUUUUUAUUCUUGAGUACUUCAAAAUAUUCUAUAUUAGCAUUGCAUUUUACCAAGGUUUGCACAUUUUGUGUGUUUUGAAUUGAUCAAUGUUUUAGUUUAGCCAUUUCAAAACAAAUGUUGCUAUUAAAAGUUAGAGAUUAUAUUUUGACAAUGUAGGGUAUAUUGUGCUUUUUGUGAUUUUAAUGCUUGAAAUCUUCUCUCAUUAAUGUUUGACGUACAUGUUUGUGUGCACUCUUUUCUUUAUUUCAAAGAAACAUUCAAUGAAUUGUAUUGAAAACAAUGUAUUGACUAUUUGCAGCACAAGAUAAAGUACAUGUAUAUUUUGAUGUCAAGGUGAGGGAUUGCUUUGGGGGUGAAGUACCAAGACUAUGGGUUGUCCAAUGUCCAUCCUUCUGUCCUUUAAAGAUUAAAAAUGAGAAACAUUGUGUCUUGUGAACCAAUGGACAGAUUUUCAUUUUAAAAAAUAUGAGAAUUGUACUGCAGUGAGUGGAUUUUAGGUUCAUCAAGUCUACUCCAGUAGUUCAAGGUCACAGGUCAACACAACUACGGUUGAAAUAGCUUGUGAACUUGAUACAUCACAACUGAUCUCUUCAUGUAAAACUGGGCCCGUGUACAGUAUGUAUAUUGCAGUAGGAAAGAAACUGAUGGAAUUUUUGGGUCAAUAAAUGAAUUGUAAUGGAUGUAGAAUGGUUUAAUUGGUGUGACUUAUUUGGAAGUACAUAUAUAAACUACAGAAGACUCAAACUUGGUAGAUAUGGUGAUGGUGAUUGUUUUUUUUUUUAACAAGAUAUGUUUCAAUAAAGAAAGACAUGUUUCAAUACAUCCCAAAAUAUUGAUUUGGCAAUUACUCUUUGUGGUGGUGUUACCAUGUAGGUUUUGGGUCUUAUGCAGUAAUGGAGUGAUUUCAUGCAUAACUUAGUGGUAAUAAUUUACCUGAAAGUUUAUAGUUCACAUGGAACUUUUGUAAAAACAUUUUAAAAAUUCUUACAUUGAUUUUGAAAACACUGAAUUUCUGAAAUACUGAAAAUGCUGAAGCAGUUGUGUUUCCCCCACCUCUCUUUGAAAUGCUAUUAUUUAUCUAUUUACUUGUUCUGUAGUUUACUUCUUAGCAAUCAUAUGGGACAACUAUGUCUCUCAUUUUUUUCCAUUGUAGUUGCUGCAUAUAGGUACGAAAUGUACGGCUUGUGCACUGUAGAAAACUGAAUCAUGACACGUGUGUUACUUCAGUUGAAACAAGAAACCUGUCUAUUGCACUAAUACAACUUACACUCUUAUAUCAGAACAUACAUUUUCAAUUGUUUCAGUCUUGUUUGUUGCAAAGAAAUGUCACAAGCUUGUAAUGUUUCUUAUGAGAAAACAAAAAUAUUUAAUGUUGACAACUUGACACAAGUUAUAAAAAAAAUCAAAUUAUCCAAGUGCAGGUGCAAAAACUUGUAUGUUGAUAUCACUAGUGAAAUAUGUGCUUUUCAUCGUAGUGGCAUGAAGCAAAGUUUACAUAGCAUCUAUAUACAUGUGAUUAUAAUUUGUAGAGUUAAAACAGAAUUGGUAUUUGUUUUUAAAGGAAUGUCCUAUGUACUUGUCAAAUUUGGAGCAUUAAAUCAUAAACAAUGAGA